CAACGUGUCUUCGAGAGAAAACAAUACUGAUGGUUGGACCAAGGGAGGCUGGGAAAACUACCCUUACAGAAGGACUUGUCAACCAUAGUCUGGGAGUGAAUUGGGAAGACAACUUCAGAUUCACAAUCACUGAUGAAACCCCUACCAGCAAGGGGUCACACACCGAGUGGAUCACUUGCUACAAAGUACAUCCCAUAAUGGAGCAUGCUGAUUUCAUUUUGAACAUAGUCGACACCCCAAGCUUUAAUGACGAAUCAGGAUCAACCGAAAGUAACCAGGAUCUGCUGAAACACCUCAAAGGUUUCUUAUCCGCCAGAGGUCCUAAGGGUUUGAAUCGUGGAAUCGACGCCGUAUGCCUCGUCAUACCAGCCAAUCCCGUCCAGUAUAAGGGUAUAGACGUGAUUUUACAGGACAUAUUUAACAGCAUAAUGUCAAUUUGUGGUGUCAACAUGCUGGAGAAUAUCAUCCCUAUGCUAACGUUUGCUGAUGGAAAGGAACCAUCCGUGUUAUCCAUCCUCUCAUCAGUUGGUGUUCCAACACAACAUCGCUUUGUCUUUAACAGUUCAACACUCUUCCCUCCGUACUCUAACGACGCUCAAUUGGGUAAGACCUUAUGGCAAUUCAGAUCCAGAGGAUAUGAAGAGUUUUUAGAGCAUCUUCCGAACAUGAAACCCAGUCGAGUACUCGAGAACAACCCUAUUACACCAAGACCAGACACAAAACCAGUUGGACAAGAAGAGAUCAUGACCCAUUUACAGGGAAAUCGCUUGGAGAUUGACGUCAAACUUAUGGAUCUUGCGACGGUGAAGGCUGACAAAGAUACCUUGAAAAAGUUUGCUGUAGACAUAGAACUAAAUAAAUCGUUUUCAUUCGAGGAGGAAAUUUACCAACAAGAGAAAAUUCCACUGGAUCCCGGCACACAUGUUACCAACUGCAUAUUGUGUCAUACCACUUGCCACUAUCCCUGUCAAAUUCCGGAUAACAAAGAAAAAAUUCGCUGUUCAGCUAUGGCCAAUGGAAACUGCACAGUUUGUCAUCAGAAGUGUAUCUGGCACAUGCACAGGAACGACCCAUUUAGGAUAGAAGAAAGAAUGGUAAAGGUGACAAGAACGUACGAAGGCCUCAAAGCAAAAUAUGAAUUUGGCAUGCAAGAAAAUGUACCGGCAGACGCGAUGCAACUUGCCAUCAAAAGGGCCUUUGUGUCUUUACUGGAGGAAGUCAUCUCGUUGAUUUCAAAAACUGUUAAAACUAGCAACGACUUGCAAGGAGUUCGAAACACUGAACAAGACUUUGUCAAGCUUAUGAUUAACACAGAAGAACAGCAAAAGAAAGCUGGGUUCAGGAAACGCUUGGAAUUGCUUCGUGCUAUCCAAAAUAAUUCUACGGUUUCCGUUUCUGACCCAAAUGCCUGGCUGCACGAGAUGGGAUUCGUCGACUGGUAAAAGUGACAUUGGAUAGACUAGUUGUCAAUAUCGUGUUGCUGUCCAAAGCCAACUAAUAUCAUUGGCAAUACAUUGACCGAUAUUUUAAAACUAAAUGAUAAUCAGAAGUUCUUGUUGAUAGUUUCGCGAUAUCAUUAUCAUCUUGGAAAGCAGCCCCGUGUUGAUAUGAAGUUGAUGUAAAACUUGAAUUUUUCCGGUGCAAAAAAGGGUAAAGUAAUUUACUUUUCAAUUAAUUUUACUGCUUCAUUCAACACCUUAAUUCUAACACUGUUUUUAUUUUUUAUUAUCAUUUUCAUUAUCAUAAUGAUUAUUUUAUCUAUUGUUAUAAGAAUCAAGAUGUUGAACUUAUAAAGUAUGCCUUUGUUUAAAUGUGAUAUAUCAACAAAUACAAGACAUUAAUAACACCAUGCUCAAGUGAACGUUUAGAAAAACUGAAAGUUGAUUGAUAAUAAAUAAUCAAUUAUUUAUUCAUUUUCAAUUUAUAGAACAAAAGAGAAGAUCAAACUUUUGCAGGAUGUUAAACGCGUACGUUUGUUAUGUUUGGUGUUGUAUCAAAAUUUACUUUUGUAAACUCUUGUUUUCAUUCUACUAUAAUUACUCUUUGUCGAAGAUGGAGCUUAUUUUGGUGACCGUAACUGUAGAAAUAUAGACAAAUAUCUAAUCACCUUUGAUUUCUGAGUUAAACUUGGAGUAUAAACAUGUGUGGUGUAGGUAUAAGCUCCCAUAUAUUCCCUUCCAAAUUGAUGUAGACUUAGUUUAUGAUUUUACUGAUUUUGUUUCAAAGCAACGCAAUGAGAAACAACCAUGUAUGUACAUUUUUAUGUAAAAGAAGAUAGUAUAUAUCACCUUAUUGGCUUAGCCUAUUGGCAAUUUCCCUUCAGCUUAGUAGGUAGAAGGUUUGCCUUAAGAGCGAGAGGUCGCAAGUUCGAAGCCUCUCACGUGCAGGUACUUUUCAUUGUUCCUUCCUUUUAUAUAUAUACAUUGUACUAACUGUACCAAAUUGCUGUAUCGUUCUGAAUAAUAAAGUUUAUACUAGAUUCAC